GCUGCGCUAACCUGUAAGCCAGUGUUGCGCGGUUUAGAUAUCCGUUUAUCACGUCCGCUUCGUUCAGUUUAAUUAUUUAAACAUGUAAAUAUGCAAUUCAAUUGUGCGAGUCAGUGAUCGCAGUGCUCUGUUCAAUUUUAAGUUUUUCAUAAGAAUUGCGAGACAGUAAAUCAUAAACCGGGUGAGAAAUGUCGGAAAUUCGGAAGAGGACGGUUGGGGAUGCGUCAGCAGUAACACAGGAUGUAAACGACGAUCACAAAGAAGAUGUUGAAUCUGAAGAUGAUGGAAAGAUCGAAGUUGAUCUACUGGCUAAAACUCUACCGCAAGGAACAAACCAUACCCCUGAAAUCCUUGAUGCUGCUCUCUCUAGCUUACCAGAUCGCUGGAGAAAUUGGGUGAUUCGAGGCAUUUUUACCUGGUUGAUGAUAGCUGGAUUUUGUCUUAUUAUUUAUGGCGGUCCUUUAGCACUGAUGGUCACGACUCUAAUCGUACAAGUGAAAUGCUUUGAAGAGAUCAUCAACAUUGGUUAUGCCGUGUACAGAAUUCACGGUCUACCCUGGUUCAGAUCUUUAUCAUGGUAUUUCCUGAUUACGUCUAAUUAUUUCUUCUAUGGGGAAAACCUGAUGGACUACUUCGCCGUUGUGAUAAAUCGAACGGGAUAUCUGCGCAUACUGGUAACUUACCAUCGGUUCAUCUCAUUUUGCCUGUACAUCGUUGGUUUUGUUUGGUUCGUUCUCUCUUUAGUAAAGAAGUAUUACAUGAAGCAAUUUUCUCUCUUUGCUUGGACCCAUGUAGCACUGCUAAUCGUCGUGAUGCAAAGUUAUUUGAUAAUACAGAAUAUUUUUGAAGGACUGAUAUGGUUCAUCGUUCCCGUAAGCAUGAUUGUUAUAAACGACAUGAUGGCUUAUGUAUUUGGCUUUUUCUUUGGCAGAACGCCACUGAUAAAGUUAUCACCUAAGAAAACUUGGGAGGGUUUCAUUGGAGGCGGUAUUUCGACUGUCAUACUUGGAUUAUUGAUGUCGUAUGUCAUGUGUCAAUAUCGCUACUUUGUCUGCCCAAUCGAGUACAGCGAGGCUUUAGGCCGAAUGACUAUGGAUUGCGAACCGUCUAGCUUGUUUCGACCGCAGGAGUAUACUUUACCAGAGUGUUUACAAACCAUAACGAAAAUGUUUAACUGGAAAUCAACUGUGACUGUGUAUCCAUUCCUAUUGCACUCUUUAUCCAUGUCGGUGUUCAGUUCCGUUAUUGGACCUUUUGGAGGAUUCUUUGCCAGUGGAUUUAAACGCGCCUUUAAAAUCAAGGACUUUGGCGAUGUCAUCCCGGGCCACGGUGGCAUAAUGGACAGAUUCGAUUGUCAGUAUUUAAUGGCAACUUUCGUCAACGUAUACAUCUCAUCCUUCAUUCACACCGCCUCUCCCCAGAAGCUGCUUCAACAGAGCGACUUAAUUCUGUCUCAGGUGUAUAAUCUCAAGCCCGAACAGCAACUACAGCUGUACAACACCUUGCAAGCUGCGCUGGAGAAUAGAGGCCUUUUAAACGAGUCCUAAACAGUGUCAGCUACCGAGGGUAGCAUUGAUUUUUGUUUGGGACACCGAUGCUUAAUGUUGUUAAUUGGAAGCAGACGACAACGUCACGAUUGUCGAGACGGAGAGACCGACCGUAAGAUACAAUAGGAAUAAAUAAAAAAAAGUCACAGCAGUAAAAAGAAACAAUAACCUUAACUAACAAAUGACUUAUUUCCUCAAGAUAUUAUUUUGAUUACGGAAACUCAGAAAAGUUUGGAUGGAAAAAAAAAAUAAGCCACAGACUGUAAAUACACAUGUAACACUAAAGAGUGACGAUCACUCACUCUCAAGAAUUUACUCCGACCACAUCGUAUAUUAUUAUAGCAUACGUGAAAAUAUACGAUUACGCGAACUAUCUGGCAAAGUACAAUUGUAUUGUGGAUUGCGUUCUUCCGGUUAUUAUUAUCUGUUCAUUUCUUUUCAUCCAAUCGAUAACCACUGUCAUCGAACACUUCCGUUUCCGGAGUCCGUCGAUCCUCUUAACAGCGUGAAUCAUCGGCUAUCGUUCAUUAAAUUCAUUCAUCAAAUUAGAUGCUUAUCUAUACGUGACUAACAAUUGUCUGUAAUCAUAAGAUAAAAUGAUUUCGUCUAUGAAAUCGAAGGGAACCCUAGUUCAGGACUAUUAACAAAAAUAAUUGUUAUAAAUGUUUAUUAUUAACGUAAUUAACUGUCCUUGCAAAGCCAAUCGUCAUUUUGUUUCUUUAAAACAAGAACUUUCCAUAAAAUUGUAUCCCAACUGUUUCCCAUCUUCUAAUUUCUCAUUCGUCUUCUCCUUCACGUAGCAUUAACAGCGAUUAAUCAAUUUUCGUCAUACAUUCCGCAUUUUGUGUUUUCUCUUUGCGUAGAUUCUUUCUUUGAGAAAACUGUACAAAACCAAUCGGUCGUUCUUUCCAUUAUGAAGCUCGAUCAAGUACCAUUGGUAUCAUAAUUAACCCGAGGCCGUUUUAAAAUCUCACGAGGAACGUACCAAAGAGUGGAAGUUUCUAAUGACAAAGUAUCAUAUAAUUUAUUGAUCGUAGGAAGGUCAAUCAAUUAGGAGUGAUUAUUUGCUAAAAGGUAACAAUGAAACAUCGUGGGAAAAUUGUGUUUUGAUUCCAGACUAUCGAUAGUACUUAAAACGAAUUGAUCGAGCGUAGAAUUCGUGGAUCUCAUUUUCUCGUUUGAUUGUGCAUUUACGUUACAGUAUAGAUUACGAUGAUUAAUAUGAUUUGAGUGAGAUAAUGAUAUUAUGUAUUUUUAUAUCUUUCUCCAUCCUUUGAUUUUUUCUUCGUUCAUUCUCAUAAUGAAAUCUUAGAAUAGAAUGUGGUUAAUCACUGUUGACAAGAACGGUACUACGGUAUUGCAAUCUUAAUGUGAACAAUUCGUUGAGAACUAUUUAUUGUUAAUUAUUGUUUAUUCAUUAUCAAUCUCGUAAUGUUACUGUUUCGUCGUUUAGUAAGAUUACAAAAAAAAAACCAUCAUAAUAGUCUGCGUCGAAUAAUACAGAUACAUAGUAUAUUAAUAUGUCUAUUAAUCAUGAGGACGUAUUGCCAGCAUCUUAUUAUUGUUUCACUAAUUUCGAUGUACAUAUUAAUUUACUGCUACUUUCAUUCUCUUUUCUUCUCUUGAAUUUUUUUUAUCGGUUCUGGUUUUGCAUCUGUGAUCUGCAUCAAUUGGAAUUCUUUAAGAACCUCGAGCGCGACGUAAUUUCAUUUUCAGGAAGAUCAUUUGAAAUUGAUUGACGUGUAUGUAAUUCAUGUCAUCAUCUACUAAUAAUGUGGACUGUUAUCGUGGAAUCCUAUUUACCUCAUCGUAGUAUUGUUUAUCCAUAUUAUGGUGUCUAGAGUGAAUUCGUAGAGAGCGAAAUGGUCACUCUUGUCGUUCAUGGGAAUCGUCUUAGCUGCAUUGGGGAUUCCCUCUAACAAAUUAUCAGGAAGAUUAAGCGUGGGUCACAUUAAGUCAUGAAUGCAGAGAGAGAAAGAGAGUGAGAGAGACAGAGAGAGAUAUAAUCAUAAUACACAUGUUACAAUUAUAUGUCUGUUUUAAGCUGAAUGUACCGGAAGCUUUAUGGUACGUUGUAUUUAUGUAGUGACCAAGAUCAAGAAUAAAGGAUAUUUAUGGAGAUGUA